CGUAGAAGGCACUGACUUGUGAAAAUGGGACAAACAGAAAGUUGACGUUUGUUCCAAAUUGGACUCUUUUUAAAAAUUCGUUUUAUUUUCUAAAUUUAUUUUAUUCUAAAUAAUUUAAUUUGUGUGUUCUUUCGUAAUGGAAGACUUGUCUUUAUUAAAAAUUCUGAUUUCGUUCAGUUUAAUAUUACAAUUGGAUGCAGAACGUCCUUCGAUUCGUGUUGUGAAUGGAAAGUUGGCGAAGUUAGGACAGUUCCCAUUUGCGGUUGCGAUUGUUAGGAGUUAUGGAUCUAGGAUACCCUUCUGCAGUGGCACCCUGAUUACGCCAAUAAAUGUUUUAACAGCAGCGCAUUGUUUCAUGAAAAGCUCUUACACUAGGAUGAUAUCAGUCCUUGCCGGGGAGAUUGAUCCACUUAGACCCAGCUCUGAAAAGCCGCCAUCAAGUAGGCAAUUGCGGAAGGUCACUUCAAUUAUCAAACAUCCUCGAGCAUUUGAGAAGGAUGGGGAGAUAAAUGAACAGUUUGAUGUUGGGAUACUUGAGGUAGAGAAGGCUUUUACCCUAUCGUCAAAUGUGGCCCCAAUUUCGAUGGCGAGCGAAAGUCUUCCGAAUCUGUCCCCAUGCAUUGCCAUUGGAUUCGGUCGAAAUGUAGAAGGGCCCGACGGAUUUAACAAAUCUGACAGAAAACUUCGUUAUGGGGAAUUUACUAUAAAUUCACGUAUGUGCGAUAGGUUCUUGCCGAAAAAUUCGACUUAUUGCGUUUACAGCGCUGAAACGAUUGUACAUUUCGGUGACUCGGGGGGGCCUCUCAUAGGUAGCUAUCCAUGGCAAAACUAUCACUAUGGGAUCUGCUCUACUAGUCGGGAACGAACAAUGUUUUACACAAAUGUUAUGUUUAACAGAGAAUGGAUAAUCGAUAACCUUAAGUACGGACCGAAAGAAUCUAGCGCAACAAGGACGUUUGGGCUGCAUUCCUUCCAACUUCUUGAGGACGGCAUCUAUGGAUUUCUUCUUCAAGUUAUUUUAAAAAAAUCUAGUCAAUUGUCGCUAUUUUAGGGAGAGGGAUGUUUGGUACCAGACAUGAUUGACAAUAAAGUAAAAAAUUGUAUAAAAUGAUUUCGA